GAUGGCGGCGGAGCAGGAAGCGGGCGGGAGGCGCUGUGCCGGGCCCCGCUGCGGAGGUUUUAAAAUGUCUGAUCAGAAAAAUAUUGUACACAGAACUCAUUGUAUUGAAAAACUUCUGUCUGAGAACAAUUUUCAAGAUAUUGAGGAUCACCUUAAAGAACUUGAAGAUGUUGAUAUGACUGUAGAAUGUCUUCAGGGAACAGAAGUUACCAARGCUGUAUACAGAGUGCUCAAGAGCUGCCCUUCAGGAGUGUUGAAAAAGAAAGCAAAGCAGUUAUUAUCAAGGUGGAAAACACUUUACAAGAUUAACUGUGCUCAGUCAGUGCAAGUUAAAAAGUCAGUUUCUAUGUGUGGGAAAGAGGAAAUUGAGCAUCUCAGUGUAGGUACUAAAAAGCAGUUGCUGUCUGAAGGACCACGUCAGCAGGAAACAUUAGAUGGUACUAGUUCCAACAUUUUGGUCCCAUCAGAAACUGUUAAAAACAUGGUAUGUAACAAUGCAGAAGGCAGURUGAAUCAGCAUUCUUCUUUUGAGGAACAACACACUGCUCAUGAAGAUUCUAAAUCUGUUGUUAGUGAAGCAAGYAUGCAGCAGGAUCUGAUGAGAGCUCUGAGGUGUAAAUGUGUGGAUCUUCUUUAUAAAGCCUUGAUUGGUUCUGCCAAGGAAGAAGAAGAAGAAGCUGUUAAAUGGCUAGAAUUAGCUAAAGAAAUUGAAGAACAUAUUUUUGCUCUUCAUGCUAAAAAUGAUAAAAAGUAUAAAAAUUGCAUCAGAAGUAAGAUCUCUAACCUGAAGAACCCUAAAAGCUGCCACUUAAAACAUAACCUUUUUUCAGGAACUUUGAGCCCAAAAGCUUUUGCUGAGAUGACAGUGAUGGAAAUGGCRAGUGAUGAACUGAAACAGCUCAGGGCUCUGUACACAAAAUCAUCCGUUCAGGAGCAUCAGCUUCCACAGGUUAUUAAUGGCACACAGACAAACAAAAUAAAGUGCAGGCGCUGUGAAAAAUUUGAUUGCACUGUCACUAUGAUUGCCAGAGGAACUCUAUUUCUWCCAGCUUGGGUGCGAAACACAAAUCCAGAUGAACAAAUGUUGACUUACGUUAUUUGUAAUGAAUGUGGAGAACAGUGGUAUCACAGCAGAUGGAAUUGUUUGUAAUGCUAUCCCACUUUAAUGAGUAGUUUGGAAACAUGGGUAGGAGAACAUACCUCUGUUGAAACUCUGUAAUUUUAAAUUCUGUAUUGUUCUUUUAUGUUUUCAGUGGCAGUGGGUGCUGCCACUGAAAAACUGCAAAAUCAGCUUAAAAUAAACAUGAUAAUGUAUUUUUAAAGAUGACUUAAAUGAAUCUUACAUUUUUUUAAAGUAAUGUAAAUAUGUAAAGAAAUAAAAGGGUAAAGGGAAAAAUGGUUACUCUGUAUUUGAGUGARAUAUUUGCUAGUAAAUCCAUUAAAAAUAUUCUUGUGUGCAUUGCAGAAUGUUCAGUGUGGAUUCAGGCAUAAUUAGAUCACUUUUUGCAAGUAAGUGUUGGAUUAUUAAGUUGGUUUGAGAGGUGCUUUCUAACAGGGAAUAAAGAAACAAAAAAAUGGAGCAUUAAAGGGGGAGAAAGCAGCUAGCAAACAAAAGCAAAAAUGAAAUUCUGCUUUAGUUUUUUUUUAGCUAUUGGAAGGAAAACAGAACUUGUGACAGUCUAUCAGUAUGCAGGCCAGAUUUACAAUGUGUAAAUUUACAAUGCAGUAGCUGUGUCCAGCUACUGCAAGGAAAUUAAUGCAGGAUCAGACAAUGGAUUAUUUCAGAAAAUUAGGUAAAUAUAUUAUUUGAUUUAUGUUUAUUUAAUAAAUAAAAUUAAUAGGUGCUAAUAACUUUUUGAGUGGAUAUCCUCUCUGCACCUGGAACAUCUGUCCUGAACUGAGAAAAUUAAUGUUUUAUAUAGCACGGGUUACCCACAAACCAGUGAGUAGAAGGAAAUCGAAUAGCAGAAAUUUUUAUAAAUAUUUUUGUUCAAGAGUCAACAGGAUUCUGACUGUUUGUUUACCAGAAAUGUUUAUUUUGUCACUAAAGUAAGAGACCUCUAUAUUUUACAAAUGCCCAGCAGGCAUUUUGCGCUUCAAGGUUAAAAUAUAUCGGCAGAGCAGAGAAACUUGCUAAGUGUUUGCUGGAGGAAUUGAAAACAGUUUUGCACCCAUCUGGMACACAGCUGAUGCUAGUCAGAUCCUCUGGGCCGAGCUGCAUGACCUCUCAGAGAGAGGAGUUGGGGACAGAAGAUGAGGAAACAGCUGCUGGUGARCUAAAAGCCAGCCAGGACUGAAAGACAGGCCUUUGCUGUAUAUGGGGAAAAUGAUGUGUAACCUGAUGUUGCAAAGAGACACUUAAACUAUUCUACUGUAAGARAGAAGAAAACUCUUUCAAUUCUGUGAAGUGUUAAUAGUUAACUUUCAGUGGCAUUACUUAGAUUUUUAUCAUGUAAAAACGUGUGCUUUAGGGRAAUUGCACUGUAAAAUGCACAUUAAAGCUUUAGGCCAGACCCCCAGUGUUGAGCUGUGUAACCAAGCAGUUACUGUCUGGCCUUCCUUCCCAGCCCUUGUGUGCUGGAAUUAWUGCUUACAAGUAGUCCUGCUUGUUUAAGUGGGAAUACUUUUGUGUAAAGUAUUAUUGUUAGCUUUCAAUGAAACUACAGAAAAGCAAACACUCCCGUGUCAGUGGUUCACAGUAAGCACAGGAUUGUGUACAGUCAUUUUGAAGGUCAUGGUCCUGUUGAGGAGAGCUUUAUGCCAGCACUGUGCUGUGUCAGAACACCAUGUAGCAGAAGACUUUAUUUUAGCAGUGAGCARCUUAUAAAUAAUUUCUGCCUGCAGUUGGUUUUGAAGUCAUUCCAGUAAUGUAGAGCUCAUCCAAGUUUUAUCUUGGCAAAGGGAAAUGUUACAAGGCAUGGAGGGUGUUUCUGACAAUAUAUUUCAAGGGUAAAAUUUGUAUCUGUAACAGUAACUACAUUUGUAAUGUAACAGGCAACAUCAUUUUCUUUUGAAGUCACCAUUACCAAAUGUGUAGUGCUGAGCUAUAUCUACAGAUCCUUAUUUACUGAGCAGCUAAGAAAAUGUAAAAAGCAGCUCAUCAAGCCUGCCCCAAUGCAAUUUGAAUGACCUGAGCCAGCUGCAGCAAGAGGGUCAUUUCGUUCUAGCCUUUCACAUCUUCUAAAACAUGGAAAUCAUAAAAUCCAGAUAUUAACAAGUGCAGUUGCAGUUUGUGCUAUAGAAACYGUAAAGUUAGUAACUGCAAAUAGUCAUCAAAUGCAUUAUAAUCAUGUCACUUAUAAAACUAUCCCUUAACUUCUCUUUCAAACUGAAAAGUCAGAAUUCAGGGCAAGUCCUUGCACCCUUGAAGUUGUAAACUGAGCAUUUUAAAGUAGUUUUCCAUGGUAAUAGAUUGUAUAUAGGCAUUCCUCCAUCACUUUCCUUCCCAAUGACAAUUGAAGAACCCAAGAUCUGGCUUUGCAGCAAAUCCAGUUUAGGUAUUAAAAGAUGAGAAUAUAUUAGGUAAAUUUUGUGAAAUCCAGUAAUCAUGAAAAGAGUUUCUAUUCUAUUGAAAGAGAUGUAGCCUUUAGCCUUUUUUCAGGAGUUACCUAGUCUAAGCUGCUAGCUGCUGAUUUGAGAUACACAUAGUUUUUAGUAUUACCUAAAAACCAGGCA